CGUAACUCGUAAGCUGAAACCAGCAACGGGAUUCCCCAAAUUUGGGUUUUUGAUUAACAGAGCAAAAUCGGAUUUCCCUAAAUUCUUAGUACGAAAUAUUCGCAGGCCGAGUUGGUUUCUUCUCGGGAAAAUCGCGUCCAUCCUUGCUCAAUCUGCUCUGCUCUUCCGGACCUCGGGAUUCCAGCUGCCCGUCCACCAAGAACAGCAUUCUCUGCACCGCCCAAGGGAAAUUCAAUUCGAUUGAAGUUGCUAGGGUUCUCAAAUUGUCCCGCCUCUAUUUCACUUCUGGCGACCCUACCAAAUUACGGCUUUGUUUCCUGCUAGGUCCAGCACUUUCCUUGCAAGAGAGUGUCAAAAUGGUGGAUUUGCAGGGAGCACCAGCUCUCCAUGGAUUCAAGAUGCCUGCAGAGUGGGAGGCUCAUUCUCAGACUUGGAUGGGUUGGCCUGAGCGACUAGAUAACUGGCGAGAUGGUGCUGCACGUGGUCAAAAUAUUUUUGCUAAGGUGGCAACUGCAAUUUCGAAGUUCGAGCCAGUGACUGUCUGUGCUAGUGCUGCACAGUGGGAAAAUGCUAGGAGGCAGCUCCCUGAAAACAUUAGAGUUGUUGAGAUGAGUAUGAAUGAUUGCUGGUUUCGUGAUACUGGCCCAAUAUUUGUUGUAAGGAAGGGUGCGCCAAAUUCCAACAUUUCUUUGGAGCAAGUGAUUGCAGCCAUUGACUGGAAUUUCAAUAGUUGGGGAGGAGUUGAAGAGGGUUGUUACCAAGAUUGGAGCCUUGAUACUGCUGUGGCAUCAAAGAUUCUUCAAAUUGAGAGGUGUCCAAGAUUUCAACAUUCUAUGAUCCUUGAAGGUGGAAGCAUCCAUGUCGAUGGAGAAGGUCAAAGGACAUGCCUUACCACUGAGGAGUGCCUCUUGAACAAGAAUAGGAAUCCUGAUCUGACAAAGAGACAAAUAGAAGAUGAACUGAAAGAGUAUCUGGGAGUUCGUAAAGUUAUUUGGUUACCUCGAGGAUUAUAUGGUGACGAUGAUACAAAUGGUCACAUAGACAAUAUGUGCUGCUUUGCAAGACCUGGUGUGGUUUUGCUUUCUUGGACUGACGAUGAAAAGGAUCCUCAGUUUGAACGAUCGGUGGAAGCCUUAACUGUGCUGUCUAAUGCAACUGAUGCUAAGGGGAGGAAGCUAGAGAUAAUCAAGCUUCAUGUGCCAGGACCUCUUUACAUGACAGAGGAAGAAGGAAAUGGGUUCGCUCAAGAUGGUGAUGGCAAAUCAAGAGUUUCGGGUACAAGACUUGCUGCUUCGUAUGUGAACUUCUAUUUUGCCAAUGGAGGGAUAAUUACACCACAAUUCGGAGACAAAAAGUGGGAUGAUGAAGCCAUUCGCGUCCUGUCUGUAGUAUUCCCAAAUCGUGAAGUGGUUGGAAUCGAAGGUGCUAGGGAGAUUGUUUUGGGAGGUGGAAACAUACACUGCAUUACCCAGCAACAGCCGGUUGGUUCUCCCGGUGCUUUGUCGAAACACGAGUGAGUAGAACCAUUCGGAAACCAGGUGGCCCUUCAUCUUUAAAAUGACUAUCAUGCUGUAUAGGCUCCUACAGCUUCUAUAUUAGCUUAUGUACUUUAGUGUUGGGGUACCAAGUACGGUUGGUUGUGGUAUUUGAGUGUAUUAUCUAACUCGCUGUAGAUAGGAGCAUUCCUUUAGGAGAAAUUGGAACUCAAGAUCUCUGUAUUGGUGGUUCUUCUGCAAUUCCAAGUUUGAUGAACAGGUGUGUACUGAACGUUCACGCUUGCCUCGCGUUGGGACACGAACUUAGGUUGUAUAAUUUGGUUUGAGAAACAAGUUGGGGUAGUCUAAUUUAUUCUGAUAUGAAUUAAUAAAAGACAACAAUUCCACGGAAAGCACUUCUCUUGAAAGAGAUUGUCACAUGACAAAUCGAAGUGAAUGCAUCAUGAUG